AUGUCUGAAGCAGAAGACUCUAAAAACAUUGAACAAGCAAUUACAGUUUUACUUGGGUUAGAACGACUGUUCACAGAGCCAGAAUUUAUAUGUGAAAUCGAAAUUUAUCUCAAUAAUAAUCUUGAAAAAUUUGAAAGUGGCGAACAAACACAUGAGUGUUAUGAAAUUUAUCAAAAAUUUGGUGAGGACAUGCCAUUUUUUAUAUCAAUUUCGUAGGUAGUUUUGAUAAGACCAUUUUUAUUUUUCAUAAAAAAUUGUUGUGCAAUAAUCAAAUUGGUGUCAAAUUUAAAUCCGCUAAAAAUAGAAAAAAAGCUUCAAGAUUUUGCCAGAACAGAGAAUCUGACUGAGGAAGAAAUAUUUGACUUUUGCAAAGUGGUAUAUGAAAAGGAUUCAAAUGCUUUGACGUGCUUCGAAUAUAUUUUCGCGGCUUGUGAUUAUCAGCAGUUCUUAGAUAUGAUGCUGACUAGGAAAGAACUUCUUGAUUGGAGAGAAGAAGAGCCUAUAGUUGAGUAA